UGUCAGAGAGUUUGGAAGCUCUUUCUCUGCUCUCGCUCUCUCUCUCUCUCUCUCUCACAUAAAACAGCGAGUCCUGAGAAGAGAACUUUCUCAGUCAUAGUCAGCAUUUUCCCUGAAAAUAUCCCAGAAAAUUUAAUAUGAAACUUCCGAGCUAGCAUGUGAUUCGAACACCGAAAAGAUACUACUCUGAGUAUUCUUUCGUGUCUGGGAGAGUUAGCGAAAUGCAAGACAUCCAUUCGAUCGGAGGGGGCGGGCGGUUAUUCGGAGGCGGCGCAGGCGGAGGUGGAGGCGGAGGAGGGGACCGGAGGCUUCGACCGCAUCACAACCAGCACAACCAGCACCAGCAACAGGCGCUCAAGUGCCCGCGCUGCGACUCGCUCAACACCAAGUUCUGCUACUACAACAAUUACAACCUCUCCCAGCCCCGACACUUCUGUAAAAGCUGCCGCCGCUACUGGACCAAAGGUGGCGUCCUCCGCAACGUCCCAGUCGGCGGCGGUUGCCGGAAGGCGAAGCGCUCCAAGACUAAGCCCUCCGACGCAUCAGCGCCCCAGCAGCCGCAGCAGCAGCGAGAGCGCAAGUCCAACUCUCAUUCUAGCAGCGAGAGCUCGAGUCUCACCGCCACGAACAACGCUGCCACCGAGGCGGUCUCGGCGGUCACGGAGGCGCCUUCUUUAAGCUCAGCCUCCAAUUUGUUGAACGUCCAAGACUCGAAGCUCUUCCCUCCUAACCCUGGUUUCGACCCGCCCGGGUUGCUGGAACAACAAAGCUCCGACUGCGGGAUAUUCUCCGAGAUUGGGAGCUUCACGAGCCUCAUAACGGCGUCGAGCGAGGCAUUGCCGUUUGGGUUUAACAAUAUUUCGGAGAUCACGCCGUUUAGGUUGAAUCAACAAGGUCAUGAUCAGCAGAAUCAGUGGCAGCAACAGGAGCAGAAAGUGAUGGGCGGUAUGGUUCCAGAGGAAUUGAAGAUGCAGGAGAUCACUGGCGGGCUGCUGGAUCAGACGGUCCCGGUCGAUUUAUCAGCGUUGCAGAAUAGAUCGAGCGGUGGGGGAUUCGGAUCGUUUGAUUGGCAAGUCAAUGGGGAUCAAAGCUUGUUUGAUCUUCCUAACACCGUGGAUCAAACAUACUGGAGUCACAGUCAAUGGACUGACCAAGACCACCAAAGUCUCUAUCUCCCGUAAAUCUCUCUCACUCCCUUUUACUAUUAAAAAAAAAAAAAAAAAAAAAGGGCAGAACUCUCAAAAAAAUUCGAAGAGAAAAAAACGAAAAAAAAGAAGAACAAGAAUUCGAGAGAGUUAUGUGAAAUUAUGCAUAUGACUGUUUUUCUACGCAAAUUGUUUAUAUCUUUUUUUUUUUUCUUUUAAUUGCUUUUUGGGCUUUUUUUUCUUGGAUGAUUUUGGAAGGUGUCUGGGUGUGAUGUUGAACUAACUUUUAUGUUAGGUUUUCUUAUUUUAAUUUGUAUUUUUUUUUCUUAAUUUUGGAGGGGGAGGGGAUUUAUGUGUUCUAAUGUAUCUGAACUGAAUUAAUCAAAAAUAUAGAGAAGAUAUAGAGAGUGUUUUUGUUUGUGCU